AUGCAUGUAUUAAGAUAUAUAAAUAAAUCUUCUUCCUACAGUCUGUUCAUAUCUAUCUAUCUAUCUAUCUAUCUAUCUAUCUAUCUAUCUAUCUCGCCGGUAUGUUUAACUGUCCAUCCAGUCUGCAACUGCCUACAACUACGGAAAGCGUGGGGUGAUGAAAUGCCUCCCAUGCCGAGCACCUGCUGCUAUCAUUUCCAGCCCAUUUCUUCUUACUCUUAUUCUUUUUAUUCUUCUUUGUUGUUCUUGCUCUUCUUUGUUCUCUUUAUUCUUCUUUGUUCUUCCUAUCUACACUCUUUGACACCUUCUCUAAUUUGUUUCUGCAUAAUCAUUCUCUUCGUCUGUUUUUAUUUUAUCUCAUUUCUCCUCCUACUGUUCUACUAUUCCAAGCUUCUUCUUCUCACCUCUUCUUUUUCUGAUACUGCUUUUCCUCUUUCUUUCUUUCUUUCUUUCUUUCUUUCUUUCUUUCUUAUUUAUUAUUGCUCUUAUUUAUUAUUUCCCAUUCUAGACUUCGUCCUUUUUUUCUUUUCUAUUCUAUACUCAACAUGUUUGCUUUGCUUAUAUUUUUUCCGCUCUUUCUCGGUUUCUUCGUUUUCCUCUUAUUCUUUCUCUUAUCACGUUUCAUUUUUCUCCCCUAUCUUCUUCUCCAUUUCCAUUCGCUUUUUGCUUUCUUAUUCACACCCGUUCGUCUCCUUCGCGCCAAAUAACUGCCCAAUUUUCUUCAUAAUAUCUAGUAUGUCGACUGUCCAAUAUAAGAAGCAGUCAUGGAAACACGAGCUCACAUAUCUAUGUCAGAAGGGUCAUGCUGUCUGCCUAUCUAUCUAUCUAUCUAUCUAUCUAUCUAUCUAUCUAAUUCUAUUCAUAUCUAUCUUGUGUUUAUCUAAUUAUACAGGAACACAUGAAUACCAUCCUGACUUCUUGUCAUUUUUGCACAUGCGCAGGCAACCAUUUCCUGUCAUUUCGAUUUCCUUUCCUCUGUCGUAUGUCUCUCCUUUACAGACAAAGACACAGUCAACGAUUGAGCUCCUCACUGCCGUUCCGGCGUUCGGGGUGAAAUGUUCUUGA